GGAGGGGGCACAUCCGCGCUCCCACUUCCUCCCGACGCAGCCUGUGAUUGGCUCGCAGCCUGAGGAGGAACACGUGAAACAGCAGCUGCGGCUGGCAGAAACUUGCUGGUAGUCUCCGGGUAGCAUCGCAUCGUACCGCGGUCAGCUCCGGACAGCCCGGCCUGGGGACAAUGAGGUCGUCAUGCGUCCUACUGGCCGCUCUGCUGGCGCUGGCCGCCUACUACGUGUACAUCCCACUGCCCAGCGCGGUGUCCGACCCCUGGAAACUGAUGCUGCUGGACGCCACUUUCCGCGGCGCGCAGCAAGUGAGUAACCUGAUACAUUCCCUGGGACUGAGCCACCAUCUGAUCACACUGAAUUUCAUCAUCAUCUCUUUCGGCAAGCAAAGUGCAAGGUCUUCUCUGAAAGUGAAGGUGACGGACACCGACUUCGAUGGGGUAGAAGUCCGAGUGUUUGAAGGUUCUCCGAAACCGGAAGAGCCGCUGCGACGCAGCAUCAUCUAUAUCCACGGAGGAGGCUGGGCCCUGGCUAGUGCAAAAAUCAGCUACUAUGACCAACUGUGCACAGCAAUGGCUGAGGAACUGAACGCCGUCAUCGUUUCUAUUGAGUACAGGCUAGUCCCGCAGGUUUAUUUUCCGGAGCAAAUCCAUGAUGUCAUCCGUGCCACUAAAUAUUUCCUGCAGCCGGAAGUCUUAGACAAGUACAAGGUCGACCCUGGAAGAGUCGGUAUUUCUGGAGACAGUGCCGGUGGGAAUCUGGCCGCCGCCCUUGGACAGCAGUUUACCUACGUUGCCAGCCUGAAGAAUAAGCUCAAACUGCAGGCUUUGAUCUACCCGGUCCUGCAGGCUUUGGACUUCAACACACCCUCUUACCAGCAGAGCAUGAACACUCCGAUCCUGCCACGCCACGUCAUGGUUAGGUACUGGGUAGACUACUUCAAGGGCAACUACGACUUUGUAGAGGCGAUGAUUGUGAACAAUCACACCUCACUUGAUGUAGAAAGGGCUGCAGCCCUCAGGGCCCGUCUUGACUGGACAUCCCUGUUGCCCUCGUCCAUCAAAAAGAACUACAAGCCUGUCAUGCAGACCACAGGUGACGCCAGGAUCGUCCAGGAGAUCCCUCAGCUGCUGGACGCCGCUGCUUCUCCGCUCAUCGCAGAGCAGGAAGUGCUUCAGGCCCUCCCGAAGACCUACAUCCUCACGUGCGAGCAUGACGUCCUGCGGGAUGAUGGGAUCAUGUACGCCAAGCGCUUGGAGAGUGCGGGUGUGAACGUGACCUUGGACCACUUUGAGGACGGCUUCCACGGUUGUAUGAUUUUUACAAGCUGGCCGACUAACUUCUCCGUGGGAAUCCGGACUAGGAAUAGUUACAUCAAAUGGCUGGAUCAAAACCUGUGACAGAGGAAAGUCCUCAGACGCACGAAGCUCUUGACCUCCGUUUGCUUUGGAAAACAAAAACCCUGCGCAUUUCAAUCAUCUGCACCUUUUCCUCGGUUCGCAUUAGUCCUGAAAUCUGUACCCUAUAGACCUUAUAAUAAUUUACAAAGUGACUCUGACUAACGCGGUAAAAAAAAAAACAUCUGAACUUGGUUUCCCAAAUGACUCGGUUUUUGCUGUUCUUUUUUGAAGCCCGAGCGCUAGGUAGGAAUAGCCACAGUUUGAGGAGCUAGGAAUAGCCUUAGGUCGCGCUUCUGUUGUGUGCUUUCCAGAAGCAGUUUUUACAACUGUAGGCGAGGUAGCAAAUUCUGAGGAACCACAACAACACAGCCAGGAGCCUUUCUUCAGUUUGCUCAGGUUGACGCGGGCUGCAGAGCAGCUCUAGUGGACACGCUGAGGCCAGCCCUCGGGACUGCGUAGCCUCUGCCUCCCAGGAGGUUGUCUUUCCUGUGGGAAUUCUGACAGGAUUUCUAGCAAGACAGAUUUCUUCUUGAAAGCUUUUCAGGAGUAUGAAUUUUCUGAGCUAGCUGCUGUAAAUUCAGUGAGGCUAAAGGGAUACUUCAGAGUUACUUUCUUCUCCUAAGAAAACGCGAGGCUACAUGCACUGGAUAUGUCCUUGGGAAAACCUUUUGGGAACAAACUUAUUUAACUGUAGAGUAAGUUUGGUAGUAAGUAAAGGUAGAAAAAUAAUGGUCUGUUGUUACUUAAGAAUACCCCUGGCAUAAGUUACUAGAAGUGGUGUGUAUAUAUUCGGGACAGUAAGGAAAUAAAUUAUGUUUAAUAAUAGCUUAAGAUGACUAGCAAUGCCUGUAGAAGGCUUUGUCCAUUUCUGGUAGAAGGCCUAGUGCAUUGAAAACUCAAACUUUUCACUCGUAGCUGAAAAUGGGACUAUUUUGGUAUAGCAGUUGUUUAUGUUUUAAGUUAUUUAAUGUUAAUAUAUAUAGCUGAACAGGGUUUUCUGAAAAAUAUAAAAAUUUUAAGAUAAAAGGUAUUUUAAAAAGAAGACUAUCAUAAAGUUAUAUCCACAUGUAAUUUUUUGAGGAGAUAGAUAAGAAUAGUAGCACCACAUAUAAGUAAGGGUCAAAUACUUUGAUAUUUAUCUGCAUAUGCAAAUUAAAAUCAUUAGAAAUUUUCUACCUAGUAAGUCAUGUUGUACUAGGUACAUGAUGCUGGUUGGCCAUCCUUAAUCCAAAAUUUUGAGUCAAGUCUUAUAAGUGGAAAAUUCCAAUGAACGUUUAUUUUGUAUAUAAAAUUAUUAAACCUAUUGUGUGAAGCUACCCUCAGGCUAUGUAGAUCAGAAGUAUAAAAAGCACAAGUGAAUAUCUCAAUUAGAUUUGGGUUCUAUUCUCAAGAUAUUUUAUUAUGUAUAUUCAAAUAUUCUAAUGUCUAGAAAGACUAAAACCCUGGGUACUCUGGUCCCGAGUUGUUCAGAUGAGGGAGAGCCUUAGAUAAGACUCACUCUGCCCACGCUGGCCAGGGGAACCCUCAGGGGAAUCCUCUGGGUGAGGGCAGAGGCUAGCCCACUGCCUGUUCUUCUUAGUUCUCUUUCCACUACUCUCCUGAAGUUCUAACUGCCGAGCCUUCCCUUCAGAGAAGGUCUUCACUGCCAGGGUGGGCAUCUUGCAUAGUAAGGGAUUCCUGUCACCCCGCUUCUGCCAAUAGUCCGUGCUAUGCUGAGGGGCAGUACAGAGAACACUUAGCCAAGUCCUGAUCCAGUUCGUCAUGAAGAGAGCAGGACCUUUCCGCUCUAUGAAGGGUGUGUGUGUUUCCAGUUUCCAGUUUCCAGCAGCAAGAUAGCAAGUGGAAAUCUGCACACUGACUCUUCAUUUAUCGUAAAAGCUACAGCACCUUUAUGUAUAAAACACUGUAACUAUGUGUGUGUGUUUAUGUGUGUGAGUGAGCAUGUGCUGUCUGCAUAUGGACAUAACUGCACAGGCUACCUUGCUGAUGUGCCCAUGUCACUGGUCUCCCUUUUAGCUAAAACCUGAGAGUAGAAUAACCUGAUCUUUGAGGCCUCUUCCAAUAUUAGUCUUUUCUAAGGUAAUUUUUAGUAGGUCAUAAUUCAGUAUACACUAACCUACUCAUCUCUGAAGACCGACUUUGCUUAUAAUUUUUUUUAAUUGGCCACAUAGCAUUAAUGCCUCCACAGGGUUACUGUGGUUCACAUUUAGGAUAUAAAUUGAUACCCAUCUUCAGCUGAGGUUGUUUUGGGGGGCAGGAAUCACAGUGUUUUUUAAACCGGAUAUUUUCAUUCCUAUUUGAGUGACAGCCAUCUUUUAAGGUGCUGGGCACAGAACCCCAGGCCUUACAUACUUGGCAAGUACUUUACCCCCAAGCUACACCGGAAGAUCCAUUCCUGGUCUCUUCUGCACCAUUUAAAGGGGGGAACUAUAUUUUGACUUUAUCUACCUCUGAGAAAGAGGAAAAUGUAAUUAUUCACAGAGUUUCUCAAAAUGGCAUCUCUCUUCCCAAACUGUGAGCCAAAUUCUGCAGAAAUCAUAGACAGUAAAUGGUGGCAGAUAUCUGAAGGGGUCUCAAAGAUGCAAGAGAACAUGGGGGGCAAAAGGGCCACCCACCCUAUCUGAUGACAUAUGUGGGUUUCGUUGUUCUUUGGAGUUUUAUUCUUCCAGGUACGGUAUGCUCUACAGCCUGAUGUCUUCAGUCUGAGAUAGCCUGGCUUCGCUUUCCUGUGUUAUGAAAAGGUCACACUUUGGGGUACUGACGGGAAAUCUCGAGGUGCUGCAGAGGACAGUGAACACCUCUUGGUGUUUUUCUGUUUAUCUGUGAGGACUCCUAGACUUACAGAACGAUGCCGAAUGGAAUGCUUUGUGCAUGACCUUUUAACCUUUGACUUUUGCCAGUUCCCCACUGCAAAAGGGGAAGGCAGAUUUUAUGAAGAGUUUUAGGAAUAAAUACAUUUUAUAGAAUGGAAACCCGAGUAUGGUACUGGGGAAGUUUAUUUAUGCUUGCAAUCUUGUUUGGAAAUAAAAUGGGUCUGUCUGGAAGCACGCCUCCGGCCCUCCCCUUGCCUGCACUGUCUGGUUCCAACUGGAACCACUGACCCCUUCCUUUCUUUGUAUCCAGGUCACAGCCCCAAAUCUUCUUCCCCUAGACUAACUGUUACUGUAAUUUUGUCACAGACAGGUGGGUCUGUGACCUUCCAGAUGACACUACGUUCCCCUGUCCACGUGAAACCUUCUGUGGAUGGGCAAUAGAGUCCCCUCUCUGUCCGCAGUGCUGAUAUUAGAAAAGAUGAGUGUGGACUUGAGCCACCUCAGCCAGAGAAGUAUCAGUAGUGAAAACAAAUUCUAAAGCUGCUGUGUCUCCCCAUUUCAUUCUAUUAUCCUAUUUCAUACUUGAAUGUAUAAUGCUAAGUUCUGUUGCUGGGAAGAGCCAUGACCAAGGCAACUGUUAAAACACAAAGUAACUGCUGGGGCUUGCUUAUAGUCUCAGAGGUUUAGUAUGGUAUCAACAUGAUACAUUCCACUCUCUGGUCCCCACAGGCUGGUAGCGAUAUCACACUGUAAAAAUGCAUUCAGUCCACCCUCAAAAGUCCCCAUAGCCUUUCAGCCUCAACACCGUUUCAAAGCCCAAAGUCCCUUCUGAACUCGUGGCAACCUCUUAACGGAAACCCCUGUAAAAUCAAACUAAAAAAGCAGAUCACAGGCUUCCAGCAUAUGGCACAGGAUAUACAUUACCAUUCCAAAAGGGAGGGAUGACAGCGGUAGUGAGGAGAUACUGGACCAAAGCAAGACUGAAAGCCAGCUACGCAAUCUCCAAAUUCUGUAUCCAUGUCUGAUGUCAAAGCGCUCUUCUGAUCUCCGACUCUUCAGCCUUGUUGACAAGCACACUCCUCCCUCCUGCGCAGGCUCCACAUCUUGUUAUCAGCUUUCCUUGGCAGGUGUCCCAUGGCUGUGGCAUCUGCAUCAUCUUGGGGGUUCCAGGGAAGCCCAGGUUUCCCCUGUAUACUUCACACAUGGCCUCUCUGGCCUUCCAUGUAGAGACACCUCUGACAUAUACCUAGCCUCAGGAGCUUUCCUAAGAUGGAGAGGAAGAUUCCAGA